CCCUCCACUCUCCAGCUGGUAUCCAAGGUAUUAUACCGCUUUGGAUCCUUUCUCUUUCAGUUCCUCACAGAGAUUAAACUUUUUCUCUCAGCUUUCCUUUCUCACCAAACCGUUUCCUCUUUUUGGGGGGCUCUGGUUUUUCUGCAACACCUUUUUAUUUACUGAGAACUGAUCGAGUUCUCUCUACUUUCCCUCUACGAGUAUCAAUCUAGUCUGCAGAAAGAUAUUCCUUUUCGAGGCUUUUUUUUCUCGCUUUCUUGCAAGUACGAUUUUGCUUGUUUUUCAUUGGGUGAUUAACUGAUUUGAAAGAAAGGCAUCGGGUUUUCUCAACGAUGAAGUCUUCAACUCGGCUGGACUCAGCUGUGUUUCAGCUCACACCAACUCGGACUAGGUGUGAUUUGGUGAUAUUUGCCAAUGGAAAGACGGAGAAAAUAGCCUCUGGCUUACUUAGUCCAUUUCUUGCCCAUUUGAAAACUGCGCAGGAUGAGAUGGCCAAGGGCGGAUAUUCAAUUAUUCUUGAGCUGGAGCCUGGUAAUGAGGCAACAUGGUUCACAAAGGGAACAGUUGAAAGGUUCGUCCGUUUUGUAAGUACUCCAGAGGUCUUGGAACGGGUUUACACAAUAGAAUCUGAGAUCUUACAGAUUGAGGAGGCAAUUGCAAUUCAAAGCAACCAUGAGAUAGGGAUAACUGCUGUAGAUAAUCAUCAAGCCAAGCCUGUAGAAAGUGUUGAAGGCAGCAAAGCUUUGCUGGAUCCUAAUGAAGAAAAAGCCAUUGUCAUUUACAAGCCUGAUUCGCACGCACCAGAGGCAAAUGGGUCCACCGCGCCAGAGGAAGAUUCAAAAGUUCAACUCUUGCGAGUUCUGGAGACACGGAAAACCGUUUUACAGAAAGAACAGGGCAUGGCCUUUGCACGUGCUGCAGCUGCUGGUUUUGACAUUGAUCACAUGACACCUUUGAUGUCAUUUGCUGAAAGCUUUGGAGCCUCACGUUUAAUGGAUGCUUGUCUAAGAUUUAAAGACUUGUGGAGAAAGAAGCAUGAAACUGGCCAAUGGCUUGAAAUUGAGGCAGCUGAAGCAAUAUCUACCAGGGAAAUGUGGCCUGAGAGUUCACAAAACAAUGGAAAACCGAGUGUUGACACAAGUUCAGAUGAGAAGCCUACAAUGGAUCAUCGAUCAAUUGGUGGUCAGGAAUACUCUCAAGGGCAGUUUCCACAGCCUAUAUUCCCGCCCUGGCCUAUUCAUUCUCCUCCCGGUGCCUUGCCAGUCUUUCAAGGAUAUGCCGUGCAGGGCAUGCCGUACUAUCCCAACUAUCCAGGAAAUGGCCCAUUUUUCCAGUCACCAUAUACAGCUGGGGAGAAUCCUGCCAGUGCUGGUCAAAGACUGAGACAGAAAAGGCAGUCAAUGGACAAUAAGGAUUCAUAUUUAAAGGGGAAGGAGAGUACAAAAGAAUCCAUGGAUUUACGGAGUUCAUUUGAUAAGGAGGGAACAUCUGAGGGAACAGAGAUGAAUGGUGGUCAUUGGCAAGCAUUUCAAAGUUAUUUACUGAGAGAUGCUGAUAAAGAGGAAAGUGCUGGCAGCCAAGGAAUGUUUGCCAUGGAGGAGGAGAUUAGAGCGAAAAGGAGACAAAAUGGAGUGGGUGAUGAUCCUUUGGCAUAUGAUGGACGUGAUAUGAAUCAAUAUCAAGAAGGAACUAAUAGUGAUGUGCAACAUAUUAGUGGAAGCAUGACUCGCAUGCUUAAGAAUUCUAAUGAUGAAUCAUUGAUUUCUAGAACAGUUUCAGGUGAUAGUAGAGCAUUUGUGGAUGUACGGUCUACAGAAAUAGAUGGCAGAAGGGUUGCAUAUAGGAGGUCUGGAACUGAUGAUUUUGUUCUUCACAGAAGAGAAAACCAAUCAGGUCACCCAAAUCCACAAGGUCCACUUCCCAUGAAUGGAUUUGAAUAUGCAAACAGUGGCUUGGAUAAGAGGUUACCACAGAAUAUGGAUGAUGAUUCCUACAUCAUUUCACUAAGAUCAGUUUCUCUGGAAGAAGUUGGAACAAAUGAUCGAAAUGCUGUUGAUAUGGAUUCUGAAUUCCCAUCACGACAGAAGGAUGAGAACAUAUCUAACAGGGUCAAAAGCCAGCUCAAAUAUGAACCAGACGACCUCAGCUUGAUGCCUGAGCGUGGAACCGAGAAGAGAUCAAUUGGUUACGACCCUGCUUUAGAUUUUGAAAUGCAGGCUCAUGCUAGUGAUGGUGCUUCUCUAAGUAAGAAAAAUAAAGAAAUGGUGACUGACAUCAGACGCGGGUCAAAAAAAUCAGAUGCCUCAGACAAGAAGAAAGUAGUAGGGCCAAUAAGAAAAGUCAGACCUUCGAAGUCAAGUCCUUUGGAUGAAGCAAAGGCACGUGCCGAGAGGCUAAGAAACUUCAAAGCUGACCUCCAGAAAAUGAAGAAAGAGAAGGAAAAUGAAGAGAUAAGACGAAUUGAAGCUUUGAAGGCAGCAAGGCAAAAGAGAAUUGCUGCUCGAGGCAGUUCAAUCACUGCUCAGUCACCAUUGCCUUCACAGCAACUUAGGAAACAAGUAGUGGCAAAAGUUUCCCCUAGCUUUAACAAAGGGUCAAAAUUUAGUGAUACAGAGCCCCAAUCAUCAUCAUCAUUACGAAGGUUCCCUAUAAGAAAUGCUUCUUUGUGGUCAAGUGAUUCUCAGAAACCUUCCAAACCUGGAAAAUUAAACACUGGAAGCCACUCUGCUGGAAAUAGGUUAAGCCGAUCAGUAUCAUCAUUAUCAGAACGCAGAAAGGAGAGCAGCGAAAUGUCUGAUAAGAAGACAUCCAUAUCACGAAUAAGAAGAUUGUCAGAACCUAAAAUGACUAGUAGCACACAGGUUGCUGUAGUGAAGGCCCGGAGUACUGGGCCUAAAUCAAAGCCCAAAAAAACUGAUGAACCUGAGAGCAAGAAAAUAUCUGCUAUUGUCAACCAUGAUAAAAGCAAGGGUGCAUCACUUCCAGAGUUGAAAAUCAAGACCUUGAAAAGUCCUGUCAUUGCCUCUGAGAAAUUGACCGCAAAAGAAAUUGUGCAGAAGGUGAACGGUAGUGAGUCUUCAGCACCUGAAAUUAAACCAAAAAAAGACAAGGAUAUGUUUUAUGACAAUGUUUGUGAUGACAAUACCGUGGUUGAGAAGACAGUUGUGAUGCUUGAACGUGAGAAGAUCAUAAUUCCUACUCUACAGGCAUCAGCUGAAAAUAUUGGAAGAGAAAAAGAACACUAUGAUAAUCAUAAAAUAGGUGAGAAAUCAAAGAUGGUGUCAGAUUAUCCUAAUAUUCAUGCAUCAGUUUCACCACAAAACAUGGAAGUUGCUGAUAAAGAACUCACUAAACCCAGUUUGCAAAGGCAGCAAAAUGCUUAUGAUAGAGCAUUGGUUGCAACAGGAAAUUUGGGUAACAUGGAAAAGGAAUCACCAAAUGUUUCUCGAAAUGUUGAUGAAAAACCAUAUCAAGCACCUUAUGCUCGUGUAUCUUCCUUAGAAGAGUCAUGUACUAGAAAUUCAGAGUACGGGAGAGCACCUCCAGCAAGCACUCAAACUGACACAGUGGACAUAGGGCCUAGUGCUCUGUUAUCUGACUCUAAAAGCUCAAAACUAGAUAAGAUUCCAGAAACGUUGUUGAAGCCUCAAAUAAAGGAUUCAUCAAAAGGGCUAAGAAGGUUACUGAAAUUUGGCCGAAAGUCUAAUAGCUCUGCUACAGGUGAACGUAGUGUUGAAUCAGAUAACACUAGCCUAGAUGGUUCUGAGGCUGAUGAAUUGGUUGUGACCACUGCUGCAUCAAGUGAAGUUAAUACACUGAAGAACCUAAUCUCUCAAGAUGAAGCUCCCGCUACUGCCACUCCACAAAAGACUUCUCGCAACUUUUCCUUGUUGUCACCCUUCAGAAGCAAAAAUGGUGAAAAGAAGUUGGCAACCUGACAAAUGAAAAUGUCAGGGAUUUUAAAUUAAAAGAUGGAAUUAUCAGCAAGUCUGCAUUCUUCUACUUUUGUAGCUGUUGAGGAAACAGAGAUUUUUUGUUUUACCCUUGUGUCAUCCAUCACUCGAAAGUUAAUUGCAUGAUAUCCUUGUGAUAUCAAAGUUGGGCUCUGUAAAUUCAUAAAUCAUUUUUCUGUGACAUUACUGUUUGGAAAAUUCAUGUACCAGUGCCAGAAAAUUUGCUCUGGUAUAAUUAGAUUAAGUGCUUUGGCCACAAAAAAAAAAAAAACAGAGGAAA